AGUUCUAUUGGCUUUGAGAAGAUCUCAAGUUUCCUUACACGACACGGUCGUUCUGUUUUGGCUGAAAUGAAGCAGAAGACACGGGUUUACUUUCAAUGUAACGAAUUAAGGCGUUAAUUAAACGCUUAUUUAUGUGUUCUACGUUUUUUUUGUUUUUGUAAUGUUUAAUCAAACCGUAAUUUUUUCACUCUUAGACGUCUUGCUGUGUUUUAAACACAUGACCGCUUGCAGUAAGUUUGCCCUCUGACAUGAAUAAAUAAAUGUUCGUGUAGAAGAUAAAGAUGCUGUUGUCAAGGUAACUUCCUGGACUGAUUCACUCCCAGUCAAUAUUUAUCACCUGCUAAGAAGUCUUCACCCCGGCUGAAUGCUCCAGGCUUUACCUCGGCUGAGCAGAGCUGUGGAGAGGAUUCGUCGUUUGGGAGCUCACCUCAGCACUAUGGCCCAAAAUGGCAGCACUGAAAACGGAGAAGUGGUCACGGCCGCCAUCGUCAUAAUCGGUGAUGAGAUCCUCAAGGGUCACACGGCGGACACAAACAGCGCCUUCUUGUGUCGCGGCCUACGCAAGCUGGGAGUCAGCGUGCAGCACAUUUCGGUGGUGCCCGAUGUGCAGGAGGUCAUCGCUAAGGAAGUGGCCGCACUCUCACCUGUGGUAACGCACCUCAUCACGGCAGGUGGCAUUGGACCCACUCACGACGACGUGACCUUUGAAGCCGUUGCUCUGGCGUUCGGCGAGAGUCUGCAAGCGCACCCGGAGCUCACACGCCUCAUCGAGCAGUUCUUUGGCAAAGUCGAUUCUACCAGCGCCCCCAUGAAACUCGCCACGAUACCUUCUUCUGCGAAGCUGAACUACGGCCGCGACCCUCAGACUGGAGAGCCUCUGCGUUUCCCGCUGGUCAGUGUACGCAACGUCUACAUGUUCCCAGGCAUCCCUACACUUCUGGAACGUGCCUUUAAUGGCCUGGGGCACCUGUUUGCCAACCCGGGAACUGCUUUUCACACGCGUGAGGUUUUUGUGGAUGCCGAUGAAACAGAAAUUGCGCCCGUCCUGACGAGGCUGCAGUCUGAAUGGGGAAAAAGUAUAUCGCUCGGCUCGUAUCCUGACUGGCUGAGUAACUACUACCGCGUGAGGCUGGUGCUGGACUCAGAUAGUGCCAACAGCGUGGAGAAAGCACAGGCCCGGCUGGAGGAGGAGCUGCCUAAAGGGAGUGUGGUGCGGCUGGUCAGCGAUCCUAUAGCCGUCGCUCCCCAUGAGGUCUACUCACUCGCCUUGGAUGGUUCACCAUUAGGAGAGAAAGUAGCCGCAGCUCUGAGGACCAUCGAGAAGGCGCUGGCUCUUUACCGACUGAACGAGAUCUGCAUCGGCUUCAAUGGCGGCAAAGACUGCACGGCGCUGCUGCAUCUUUUCUACGCCGCUCUUAAGCGUCGCUAUCCAGACAGUAAAGACAAGCUGAAAGCCCUGUACAUCCGAAUCGUCUCCCCGUUCCCAGAGAUGGAGAGAUUUCUGCAGGACACCAUUAAAAGAUAUGAUCUGGACCUGUUUGCUGUAGAGGGCAACAUUAAGCAGGCUCUAAUUGAAGUGCAGGAGAAGAGACCUGAGCUUCGUGCUGUUCUCAUGGGCACCAGGCGCACUGAUCCUUACUCACACACUCUCACUGCUCUCUGCCCCACAGACCCAGACUGGCCUCCCUACAUGAGAGUCAACCCAUUACUGGAUUGGACAUAUCAUGACAUCUGGUUGUUCCUGAGAACCCUGUAUGUGCCUUACUGCAUUCUCUAUGACAAAGGCUACACGUCAUUGGGCAGCAUGGAUAACACCUUCAGGAACCUUUCUCUCCAAGUAGUGGACAGCAGGGGUGUAACUCGGUAUAAACCUGCCUACCAGCUGGAGAAAGAGGAAGAAGAGCGCAGCUCAAGGACGUGAUGUUGUUUAAGUCUUGGUCCAGAUGAAGCAAUGCUCAUGAGAAAAGAGCGAUCAUCAGAGGGG